UAUGCCGGCAGUCACUUGAUGAAUCAACAGUUCUGGAGUAAUGGACCAGCUCCUGGACAAUUUUAUAAUUUCACUGGUGGUUACAAUGGUCUGGCCACGGGCAAUGUUAGCCAAUGCAAGGAGUUCACAACACCUGGACUCUUUGGAACACAACACAGUUCAUCUCCCAUUACCACCGGUACCUCAGUGGUGGGCAUUAAAUUCGAUGGUGGUGUUAUGAUUGCUGCCGAUAACUUGGUCUCCUAUGGCUCUCUGGCACGCUACCAAGAUGUUCAGCGUGUCUUCAAAGUCAAUAGCAAAACAAUCAUGGGAGCUAGUGGAGACUUUGCCGAUUUCCAAAGCUUGAAACGUAGUAUUGACCAAAAAAUUGUCGAGGACCUGUGUCACGGUGAUGAUCUCGAAAUGAAACCCAAAUCGCUAUACAAUUGGUUGACACGCGUUUUCUACAAUCGUCGCAGCCGUAUCAAUCCCUUGUGGUUGGAAAUGGUAGUUGGUGGUUUGGAUAAUGGUGUACCCUUCUUGGGUCAUGUCGAUCUACGUGGUCGUGCCUAUGAAGAUGAUGUUGUUGCCACAGGUUUUGGCAAACAUUUGGCAUUGCCUUUGGUUCGUGAACAAUUAGUUGAGGGUCAAAAACUAACACAAGAACAAGCCUCUAAUGUGCUCCGCAAAUGUAUGGAAGUUUUGUACUAUCGUGACUGCAGAUCUAUGCCUAAAUAUUCGGUGGUAGUUUGCACCAAGAAUGGCAGUGUAGUCCAGGGUCCAUUUAAUGUGAACGAAAACUGGCAAUUGGCCACUAUGGUUAAGGGUUAUUAGAAAUUUCAUCAUGAAAAUUAAUUCUUUUUUGUAUACAAUCUCUUGGAAUGUGAUUAAAUAUAAUUUGAAAAAUUAA